CGCGAACAUUACUAGUGUAAAAGUGCUCCGUGGAUGCCCACUGGCCACGCGCUCGCAGUUCGCGCCGUACUCUUGCGCACGUUGCUUUGCUAUAGAUAUACUGCAUUGAAUAACACCAGUGUCUUUAGUGAAUACUUGUGCUGGAGCGAUAGAUAGCCGUGAAAAUGGAGGCGCUGAGUAGGCUUGUCGAGGGCUACCAUGACUUGAUGGACAACAAAAGUGAUCAGAGGGUGAAAGGCUGGCUUCUGAUGUCGUCACCCUUCCCCACGCUCGCGAUAUGUCUCACAUACGUAUUCACAGUUAAAGUGUUGGGGCCGAAGUUGAUGGAAAAUAGAAAACCCUUCGAGUUGAAAAAAGUAUUAAUAUUCUACAACUUGUUCCAAGUCCUUUUUAGUAUUUGGCUGUUUUAUGAGAGUUUGAAGAGCGGUUGGUUCACGACGUACAGUUUUCGGUGUCAGCCUGUCGACUACUCGAGGUCUCCUGACGCGAUGCGGACAGUCCAUGGCUGCUGGUGGUACUAUUUCUCGAAGUUCACAGAGUUCUUCGAUACGAUCUUCUUCGUGAUGCGCAAGAAGUUUGACCACGUGUCGAAGCUCCACGUCAUUCACCACGGGAUCAUGCCCAUGUCCGUGUGGUUUGGAGUCAAGUUCACUCCAGGUGGUCACUCCACUUUCUUCGGAAUGUUGAACACAUUUGUACACAUUGUGAUGUACUCGUAUUACCUGCUGGCUGCCCUCGGUCCUAAGGUCCAGAAGUACCUCUGGUGGAAGAAAUACCUCACAGCACUACAGAUGGUCCAGUUUGUGCUGGUGUUCCUUCACGCCUUCCAACUGCUGUUCAUCGACUGCGACUACCCGCGAGCGUUCGUCUGGUGGAUCGGCAUGCACGCCGUACUCUUCUACUACCUAUUCUCAGACUUCUACAAACAGGCCUACCGCAAGAAAGCCAAGAAAGAGAAAUCCAAAGUGAAGGUGGAGGCCGAGGACUUGAAGUCGGAGACGAAGGAGAGGAUGUUGCCGCUGCUGAACGGCUUCGGGAACGGGUCGGCGCUCGGCGACGUGCGCCAGAGGAUGGCGGGCGCAGUCGCCUCGCAGUGAUCGCCUACUCCUUACCUUAGUCUAUAUUCUCUAUGAAUCUCAUCGCGCCGAGUGAAUACACUAUGUGUACUCACAUAAAUUCCUUUAAUUACAGAGUACAGACUAACCUUGUUACGGGUGACGCGACAGUCCUGCCACAAAGCCCUUACAAAUUGCAGUUGGCACGGAACGUGCAUUAUACUGACCAUAAACUAGUUGUUAUUAUUGACACCUAGUACUCAUGCGUCAGUUAUUAUGCACAACAUAGACUGCAGUGUCACUUAUAAUAAUAUGUUAGCGUUAUCCUAGAGUAAUUUAGGAGUAUCAAUAAAUUGGUUAAAGUACAAAACGGGAAGCUCGAAAAUUGCCCGCCUUCAGCCGCGGUUCCCGACGGGGCUAUGAGCUCAAUUAGUUAUAAGUUAUUUGUAUACGUAGCUCAGUAGUGAUAGUAGUUGUAAUUUAUUCAAGCCGAAUACUGUAAGUCCCUAGGAUUCUUAGCAAUAAUGAUUCUUGACUAUUUAUUCGGGUGUGGAUACGGUAGGACUAAGAAAGGGCCAGUAUUUUCAUUCGUGGUUAUUAGGGUUUUUUUAAUAAUGCCUUCGCUGCCGAUUUCAAACAUAUAUGCAGAGUAACCUACCUAUCUGCUCUCGUGUUGAGUUUACACAGUUCGUCCAAAUCGAUUGAGUAUACACGAGUUCAAGUAUACAGCAAACUGUGUGCGAAACUAAUAGACAUAUAAGUACCUGCGUCAACGUAGUGUGUCGUCGUAGCACGCCUCUUAAAGAACUGAGAUAUAUUGAAUGAUCUGUCGUGGUGUUAAUGAGCAAACAUACAUAGAUCGCUUGACGUUUAGAGACAACUUUGUGGCAAAAUGGCUGCGAUGUGCGGUCUCUCUAUUGAUACUACUGAACAUAUAGAAACAGUAGUGUUAUGAAUUUAUUAGUUUGCUCAAUAUCCGGGUAGGAUUUAUAGAGGCCCUGUGAAAUUGAAUUGUAUUGGUAACAUAAUUAUGACGAUGACUGUAGACAACACUAGCAGGUUUUUUUUACACAUCUAAUUUUAUUUGAUUCAGAAGCCUUAAACUUAUUAUAAUAACCAUCAAAGCAUUUUGUUGUUGUUUGUGACUGAUUGAUGAUGAGAUGCUUUGAAAAUUGGUUAAUACACCUUCAUGGAGUAACCGAAGUAUUAUAUAUUGUAAUUCAGCUGUUAAACAUUUUGUCUACAAAAAUCAAAACCCAAAUGAAUUUUGUCUCCGCACUGGUACUGUUGAAAAUGAUACUUUCGAAAAAUAUGGUUCAAUCAAAGUAUCAAAUGGUGAAAUUUGUUGGAUAUAUAGAUAUAUAUUACAAUAUCCACGUUUCAGUGUUUGCUAAGUUUACGUGAAUCAAGGCUAUUCGCAUUAUGUAUAUGUAUAUAAGUACCUAAAUCGACAUUCUGUAAAUAUGUUAAAGGGUAAUCGUACAUUUAUACUUUGUGAUACUUAAGUUAAUAAAAGAGAAUUUAAUAUUAA